GGAAAAAGAUCUUGCAGACGCUCUAGAAGAAGGAGGCUGUGAUCUUGAAACUGUGAGAAACAUCAUCCAAGGAAGGCAAUUGCCUGCUGAUCUGAGGGCCAAAGUCUGGAAGAUUGCACUUAAUGUUGUAGGAAAAGGAGACAGCCUAGCAUCCUGGGAUGGCUCUUUAGACCUGCCAGAACAGAGUAUAAUUCAUAAGGAUUGCCAAGAGCUAAUUGACCAGUUGCUGGUGCCAGAAGAGGAGAAGUCAGUAUUACUUCUGGAUAUUGAGUCAGUUAUUACUUUUUAUUGUAAAUCACGCAAUGUUAAAUACAGUUCUUGCCUUGGCUGGAUACAUCUACUCAAACCUCUGGUGCACCUUCGUUUGCCACGCAGCGAUCUGUACAACUGCUUUUAUGCUAUCAUGAAUAAAUUCAUUCCAAGGGAUUGUUUCAUGAAGGGAAGACCAUUCCAUCUCUUUAGACUACUUCUUCAGUACCAUGAGCCUGAACUCUGCUCCUUUCUUGAUACUAAGAAGAUGACUCCAGACUCAUAUGCACUCAACUGGCUUGGAAGCCUCUUCUCAUAUUACUGUUCGGCUGAAGUCACUCAGGCAAUAUGGGAUGGAUAUCUACAACAAGCAGAUCCAUUCUUUAUUUAUUUCUUAAUGUUAAUCAUCCUUGUCAAUGCAAAAGACGUUAUUUUAGCACAAGAAUCAGAUAAGGAAGAAAUGAUAAAAUUCUUAGAAACUUCACCAGCCAAUCUUGAUUUAGAGGAUAUAGAGGACCUCUUCUCUUUGGCACAAUAUUACUGUAGCAAAACUCCAGCUUCUUUCAGGAAGGACAACCACAGUCUUUUUGGCAGCAGCUUGCUGGGCCUCAAAGAUGAUGACGCAGACUUGAGCCAGGCGCUCUGUCUGGCAGUUUCUGUGUCUGAGAUUCUUCAAGCAAAUCAGCAACAAGGAGAAGGCGUAAGGUUCUUUGUAGUGGAUUGUCGUCCUGCAGAGCAAUACAAUGCUGGGCAUUUAUCAACAGCAUUUCAUUUGGACUCAGAUUUGAUGCUUCAAAACCCAUCAGAAUUUGCACAGUCUGUAAAAUCCCUAUUAGAAGCACAAAAGCAGUCUAUUGAGUCUGGCUCCAUAGCUGGUGGGGAACACCUCUGCUUCAUGGGAAGUGGCAGGGAAGAAGAAGAUAUGUAUAUGAACAUGGUGCUAGCGCACUUCUUACAGAAAAAUAAGGAGUAUGUAAGCAUUGCCAAAGGAGGAUUUAUGGCCCUCCAGCAGCACUUGGCAGAUAUCAAUGUGGAAGGACCAGAAAACGGCUAUGGCCACUGGAUCGCUAGUACCUCAGGCUCAAGAAGUAGCAUAAACUCCUCCGUUGAUGGCGAUUCUCCUAAUGGUUCAAGUGACGGGAAAGGAGUAAAGUCCCUGAUGAAUAAAAUGACAGUUGCUUUGAAGACUAAAUCUGUGAAUGUAAAAGAAAAAGUUAUUAGUUUUAUUGAAAAUACAUCUACUCCAGUGGACAGAAUACCUUUCAAUAUUCCCUGGCCAGACAGAGCAAGCCUGGAGCGGUAA